AUGGCCAAAUUCAGCACUUCACCAUUCCAACUAGACCUAGGCGAGUUGGGCUCCAUCGAAGGUCUGAAUGUUACCAACAAGUUUUCACCUGAAGUUCUUUGCCACUACUUUGGAGGCAUACCCUAUGCAUAUCCUGCCGAACGAUUCCGUGCCCCUCGACCGCUUCCCUUGUCACAUCGUUAUGGCACUAAAGACAGACCUGGCAAGUUCACUGGUCAGGUUGGCAUAUGUCCUCAGCCAGGCUUUAUCGGCCUGCCCAAUCCGACUAUCUGGAACGAAGAUUGCCAUCAAGUCAAUAUCUGGAUACCUUCUGGAGAUAAACCCACAGAAGGCUGGCCAGUGUUUUUCUAUCUGUUCGGUGGAUGGCUUCAGUUUGGAGACCCGAACAUGGCUCCCGAGGCACUAGCAGAGCUAUUGAGCGAAACAGCCUUCAAAGCUAUCGUAGUCAUGCCCGGCUACAGAGUGAAUGCCUUCGGCUUUCUUGCAAGCACAGAGCUCGAAGACGAGGCAAGAGCGAACGGCGAAACAUAUUCCAAUUUCGGAUUCUGGGAUCAGCGCACUGCUUUGGAGUGGACCCACGAUCGCAUCGCUUCGUUCGGUGGCAACAAAGACAAUAUCACUGUAGCAGGAUACUCGGCCGGCGCAUACUCGACUUUCCAACAGCUUGCUCAUGAUGUGUAUCUUCCACCGAGGUCAUCAAUCAUUAAGAGAGUUUGCAUGCUCUCGAAUGGCCCAGGAUUGCAGCCUCGUUCGACGGAAAGUCGUCAGAAACAGUUCGAUGAGCUUCUCGGUUGGCUCGAUAUUCCUCUUUCGCUGAGUCCAGCAGAGAAGUUGUCUCGGCUGCGUAAAGUACCGGCUCGACAGUUGAUCGCUGUUCAGAGCAGUAUGAAAUUUCACGAGUUUCGGCCGGUCGCAGAUGGCUCAUUCAUCAGCGACGACCUGAUUGAUAGCAUCAACGAUGGAUCCUUUGCGAAGCAGUUGAAAGACAGAGGGAUCAAGAUACUGAACGGAGAAGUCUCCGAUGAGCACUAUCUCUACGGAGCAUGGCGUACCCCUGAUUGGAGUUACGAAGCCGUCUACGAUCGUCUCGUUGCGGACUAUCCAGAGUCCAAGGUCAAGAAGCUCAUGGAACUUCGUGUGCCAGGCAAGAGACUGCCUGCAUUCGCCGAUGACUGGCCCGACCUCUUCGGUCGUCUAUAUGCCGAUGUGCAGGUGCAUGAUCUCGAACGUGGCUUUGCGGACCGCCUUGCCAAAGGUGGACUGACUGUUGGCAAAGAUCUCCUCCGCUAUCGUAUCGAAUGGCGAGCAAAGUGUGCCGACCUCAUCGCACCCCCAGAGUGGAAGGUCACUCACUCCACCGAUCGCGCAAUCUGGUUCUGGGGUGCUGGUGCUGGAAUCGGUCAGGGGCUGACUGCAGACGAGAAGCGAAGUCUCAAAGACCUAAACGCAGUGUUCGGACGCUUUGUGGAAGGAGAAGACGUGCAAUGGAGUCAACAAGGCCCGAAGAUGGUAUACAGACUUGAUUCUGCAGGUCAGAUGGAUAUGUGGGAAGAUGAUGGAUGGGAGCGAGGUCUUCAGGGCUGGGAUGCCAUGAACGGGUGA